GCACGUCAGACAUCAGUUGACAAAAUGGCGGCUAGCAACAGUGGUGGAGGGCUGAGAAAAGCUCUAUUUCGUUCCCCUCCUGUUGAAGAGACACCAAACAAAGGAACAGAUGGCUUAGAAACUCUGUUGAACAAGAUACAGGUAGACAUAGAGGUUGAAAAUCACCUUAACUCGUUAAAAAAAGAAAUGCAUGAGCAGAGAAUGACAAAACUACGCCAAGAACUAGAACGUAUUAGUCAAGACCAGUGGAAAUACAAGCCAAUUGACAAACUUAUAGGCUUUUGAAUGCUGAUGAAAGAGAUUGUGGACCAGUAUAUGGAUUCAUUAUCAUGUUAGAAAGGAACAGAUGUUAGUGAAGGUGUAAUCUCUCCAUGCUGUCCAAACCCAGAGAUUCUAGAAUCAGGAUAUGACAUAAGGUGUUUGGACAUAAGUCUCAACUCUUUUUGGGACCUAACGUUGAGUAAAUAGGGGAGUUACGCUUGAAAAUGCUUCAUAGGUUAUAACAACACUGACCAAAAGAUGGCAGAUGUGCUGGAACGAGCCAAAUGUUAUUAUCUUGUUUUGUGCAGUGUCUUGAUAAUCUACAAUGUAUGAAGCAUUGUCAAACUCUAUUAAAGUCCAUGAAAAGUGGAGAGCAUAAAGUACAUGUCACAUUGUUCACUGAUAUUUAUUGUCAUAAUUGUUGAGUUUUUAAAAAGGCGAUUUGCAUUAUGGCGUCAAUAACUACAACUACCAGAAUGCUUUGUCCACUUUCUAUUGUAAUGUAAUAUAUUCCCAAUGUGUUUAACUAAUCUCCAAAGUGAUUAAAAAUCUGAACAGCAAAGAAAGUGUGUAAGGAUUUCUAGUAGUUGUAUUAAAGUUACACCAUGCAAAUGGCCAUUGAAAUGAAAAUUGCAUAUUAUGAACUGACCAUAUUAUUUUUCUAUUUCCAUAAUUUUGUUGUCUUCAUAUAAAUCUAUUAAUUUUAUGUAUGUCCUGCAAUACAUCAUGUUAUGAUAGUACAAAUACUGAGAGUGGCAUCAUAUACCACAAGGAUUUACAAUAAACACGUUUUUAGCCAUCCAAUGGAAUAUAGAAGCCAAAAAUAAGACAAUACUACAAAAAGUGCAUCCUCGGGAACCCAGGGGUAAUCUUCUGUUGUUCGUUCCUCACUCACGGAAAAAAUACCCCUGGGUUCCCGAGGAUGCAAAAAGUGUUGUUUUUUUUUCUGUGAAAGUUGUCUCAUUAGAUACUAAUAUCUAAAAGUAAAGUGAGGUCAAAAAAGACAAUUCAAUUCAUGCUGACAUAGGAUUGUUUUUCUUGUGUGUCGAUUUGACUAUCAACUCACCAUUUAUGACAGUUAUUUAUAUUGUAUUAAUUAUCUGUGAAACAACUUUAGCAAAAUUGCACCAAAUUGUACAAAUCAAAGAAAAUGGAUUAAUGCACUAUUUUCACGAUGUAUUCACACAUAGUGAAUACAUUAUAUUAUAAACAGCAGCCAAAAUUAUUGUUAUUUCAUUUUUUUGGUGUCCAACAAGUUGUAGUCUACACAUUGAUGGUGGAAAUCCAAACAACGUCCAAGGUACAGAUCAAGCAACAUUAGACUUGCUCAGCUUUAAAGCAUACUUUUAAAUUAACUCUACAUUUAUGUGUAUAAAAAUACUUCUCAUAUUUUAGGUUUUUUGCAAGAAAUAAUUUACUCUGAUUAUUAAUUAAUUCAAUAUGAAACGAAUGGGUUUUUUUCAUGAAAAUGUGAGUAGAAUUAUGGCAAAUAAUAAUUAUUCCUUUUGAAUUGUAAAUAAAGCAAAAUGUAAAAAAAAUCUAGAGGACAUCAACUAUGGGCUUGCCCUCUUUAAAAUUGUAAAUAAACUGAAAAUUGUUUUAAUUAAAUAAUGAUUUAACUGUUCUUAAGUUGUUUAGCUACUGCCUGAUAUCAGGUUUGAGUUCAUUAAAGGUUUUUAUGGAUAAG